GUUCCUCAGCCUGGCUGAGCCUACCCCUGCUGGACAGAGCCAUAGACAACAUCAAUGCAGCCUUCACCCUUGUGAAAUAGGCUUUCUGUAGCGAGUGAUUUUAGAGAUCGGUGGUAGAGUGUCAGAACUCUCCAUCAUGUAUGAGCUAGAACAUAGGUUUCAGACAGAGAAACUACUUGAGCAAAGGAAUGCAAUCAACUAACAAGAAGCUGGAUCACCGUUUUAAUAUAUUACAAUUCAUUUUCCUCUUAGGACUUUGGAUUUAUUAAGACAGUUAAGCAAGGGGUUGGGGAUUUAGCUCAGUGGUAGAGCGCUUGCCUAGGAAGCGCAAGGCCCUGGGUUCGAUCCCCAGCUCCGAAAAAAAGAAAAAAAAGAACCCAAAAAAAAAAAAAAAAAAAAAGACAGUUAAGCAAUAAUCUAAAAAAAAGGUAUUAAUCAACCUAUAAAAGAUAGAUUAAAUUUAAACUGCACUCAAGAAUUUUGUUUAUUUUUAUUUUUCUUCAUUAUUUCCUUAAAUGAAGAAAUAAAGACACUUUAAAGUGAAGCAAGAAAGUCACAAAUUGUACUCACACCCUGAAUCACUCACGGAAGAGUGUUCUAGGAGAAAAUAAACCAAACCAAUUCUCAGUGUCUAUGGGAGAGUUGCAAUAGGGCAGUGGAUGAGAAUGGGAAUACAUUCACUGCAAAUUCUUAACCUGUAACAGGGUUCAUGAUUUGCUGUUCUGAGAAAGGACUGUGCGGGGUGGACAGGGUGCUUCUCAUAAUACUGAACUAAACCAGAGCCUACCACACCAUGGCAUGGCCCCCAAAACCUUCAUCCUCGCUCAAGCAAACCAUAACCCAAAGCUUCCUUAGUAUUUGCAGACUGUCAGUGUCUGCUGUGACCAGGCCGUCUCAGUGCAGAGCCCAGUGGUCCAUGUUGUCACUGUUAGGGAAAUGGUGACCCCUUGUGGUGAACAUCAGGAUGGCACAGACCUGCUUAUGGGCUCCCAUCAAGAAGGUGUACGGACUACUCAAAGGGUUAGGGUAGUGGGGGCGUUCCUGCAGAAAGUUAGUUCAAGGCAGGGAUUCCUCAAGAAAGGGUGCCUACUGGGGUUGGGGAUUUAGCUCAGUGGUAGAGCGCUUGCCUAGGAAGCGCAAGGCCCUGGGUUCGGUCCCCAGCUCCGAAAAAAAAGAACCCAAAAAAAAAAGAAAGAAAGGGUGCAUACUGUGAAGACCCUAGAACGCCAAGCUAGCUCCAGAGGUUAACCAACUCCCGGGGACAGAUUCCUUCAACAUGGAAUGAAGAUGUCGUAGAAGGGGAGGCAUUAAGCCAUGUGCCAAGCCAUGGAUCUACACUCGGGCAUUUUCCAAACACCUUGCUGCCUCUCAGGUUUGCUGUAGAUGGAGGGCUCUGCCUUCACCCUGACACCACGGAUGAAGGUUCUGCCUCAUACUCAGUGUGAAAAUGCUCAAGUUUCCUUCCUUUCUGCAACUUUGGCAGCUCCCGUGGGCACAGGCUGUGGACUUGUUUCUUGAUCUACUUUCCAGAAGUGGCACAGAGGCUGGCCCGUCAUAGCACCAAGGGACGCUGCCUCUUCAGGAGAACACCUGAGGGAGCCUGGCCUGCUUCUCGCUUGGGUGGGCUCGCUUCCUGCUCUGCCAUAUGACUUUAGGCAAACGAUAUAUUUAGUAAUAAACAAUUUUUGCUCCUGCCCGCCAGCCAUCAGAGCCGAUGACUUCACAAGCUGCCCUCCCCACUCAGUCUGCUUUUCCAGGACUCUGCAUGCAGAUGAGCCCAGAGCCACUGCCACCCCUGACUCUGUGGUGGCUUCAUCUACAUGUUCCAGGAGGCAGGCAGGAGGAGAGCUAUGCCAAGGCCUCUUCAGACAGCUAGGGCCAGCUUGUUUCCAUUAAUAGCAUCGUGGAGAGCUGUGGGGUGUAGUAGCAUGGCAGGAUCUCCUACCACUCUUCUGAGUCCUACGUUCCUGUGCCCUUUUGGCCUAUAGAUAGGGUUGCGUGGCACCCGCAGUGUACACUGAACCCUUUGUAUGCUGGCCCAUGUCACAUCUCAGAUGAGAAAGCUGUGUGCAGAGCCUACCUACAGCCAUGUUGUCCCUGUCUCUGCAGUACUGCAGAUUGUGAAAUACCACAAAAUCGUUAUCCCGGAAAUCUCAGCAGCUGAGUGUGGUGACGAAUGCCUUUAAUUGUAGCACUUAGGAGGGAGAGGCAGGGAGAUCUCUGUGAGUUCAACACCAGCCUAUCCAAAGUAAGUUCCAGGCCAGCCAAGGACAUUGUGAGACCCUGUCUAAAAAAAAAAAAAUUCCCAUAACUCUGGCCACUUGAUGCUAACUAAGCAUGACAUCCUGAGUUCCAUAUCCAAGCACCCAUGGCAGGAGAGAACCAAUUGUGGCAAGUCUUUCUUUCUUUCUUUCUUUCUUUCUUUCUUUCUUUCUUUCUUUCUUUCUGUCUGUCUGUCUGUCUGUCUGUCUGUCUGUGUCUGUCUCUCUCUGUCUCUCUCUCUGUGUCUCUGUGUCUGUCUGUCUGUCUGUCUGUCUCUCUCUCUCUCUCUCUCUCUCUCUCUCACACACACACACACACACACACACACACACACACACACACACACACAAAACAAAAACACACACAAAAAUUAAGCUCAUAACAGCUAACCUUGCCCACCCUGCAUUUUCUUUUAGGGUUUAGGGUUUUGGUGAUGAUGUUUGCUUGCCUGUUUGUUUUUAUUUCUCUUGUUUGUUUGUUUGUUUGUUUGUUUGUUUGUUUGUUUGUUUUUGAGGCAAGAUCUCAUAUAGUCCAGGUUACCUUAAACCCCUGACCCACUCCCCCCUUCUACCUCCCAGAUACCACACACUGCUCUGUCCACCCUCAUCCGUAUUUCAGCAGACUGUCCUCUCAGACAGUCCCUCCUGCUCCUUCCUCUUCACACUGAGCCCACCCAACUUAUUAUGUAGCCUACUUCACUUUGAGUUUUGUUCUCUAUUUUUUUAAUUUUUAUUUGUGCAUGUGAAUAUCUUGCCUACAUGAGUGUCUGUGUACCGUGUGUGCACAGAGCACUCAAAGGCAGGAACAGAGCACUAGAUCCCCUGGGACUGGAGUUAUGGAGCUGUUAUGUAUGGGUGCUAGGGAUCAAACCCAGGUCCUCUGGAAUAGCAACCAGAGCCCCUAACUGCUGCUGUCCCUAUAGCCCUCACUCUGAAUUUUUUUUAAAAACUUUUUUUUUAGAUUUAUUUAUUUUAUGUAUUUGAGUACACUGUCCCUGUCUUCAGACACACCAGAAGGCAUCAGAUCUCAUUACAGAUGGUUGUGAGCCACCAUGUGGUUGCUGGGAAUUGAACUCAGGACCUCUAGAAGAGUAGUCAGUGCCCUUAACCACUGAGCCAUCUCUCCAGCCCUCACUCUGAAUUUUAACCUCAGACCUUGUUGUGUCAAGAAGCAUUCGUGAACGCCAACAGACCACCAAGGAGCCGUCUCCGAUGUAAUAGCAUUAGGGUCUCUUUAUUACAAGCUCUGGCUUGUGCUCCCCUCCAACCCAACCCUGACCCAGCAGGACGAGCAGGGAAGGCGGAGCAGCCUCGAACCCUCAGCAGGACAAGCUUUUAUAGGGAAUGGGAGCAAGACUCCAGCUGGCAAGCAUCUAACUUGAUCGUCUUGUAAGCCGACAGGUGGGUGACCAUAUACAAUCACAAAUGGUCUGAAAGUUCUUCCGAAACAAUCGGACUAAUCUUUGAUUCACUGUUGCUAGGAAGCAGCAGGGAGUGACUCUGGCCAAGGACAAGCCCUGGGGUCCUCCUUGGUACUUGGGUGUAGCUUGGGUUCAGCUGCAGGCCAAGUUCUCAGGCUUUUUUCCUUUGAAGAUGGAGUCCGGUUCCAAGAUGGAGUUGGUUUGGCCUGUCAACUUGAGUCUCUAAAGUUAGUUCUACAACCAAGCCGAACACUCUAUGGCCGAAAUGGGAGUGUGUGGCCUACUCUAAUCACGUCGUUUUUUGUUUGUUUGUUUGUUUGUUUUAAUGCCUCAUCCCAGUAGGAAUGGCAUCCUAGGUGAGACUCAGAGAGAUGACAAAGCCUUCCUCAGGGUCAAGGGAAACUGUCGACAGUGUGUGUAGAAAAUAUCCAUAGUGGCUUUCUUCCCCCAAGAUGUUUACAGCCUGAAGACAUCUCUCCAACCGAGACUGCUCCUAGCAAGAUUAGCUAACCUUGCCUCCACCAUUCAGCUGUAUGUGAAACCACAUCCCUGUUCAACUAUAUAUAACAAACAGGCCGAGUUUCCAAGGUGCUGCACCAGAGAGCCCAGUCUGCCCAGCCAAUCACUUCUUUUUUUUUUUUUAUUACUUAUUUUAUUAUUUAUAUCAGUACAUUGCAGCUGUCAUCAAACACACCAGAAGAGGGCAUCAGAUCCCAUUACAGAUGGUUGUGAGCCACCAUGUGGUUGCUGGGAUUUGAACUCAGGACCUCUGGAAGAGCAGUCAGUUCUCUUAACCACUGAACCAUCUCUCCAGCCCCCGCCAAUCACUUCUUAACAGGGAGUUCACCCCUGGGGAGCCGCUGGGAUGAGCCCUGAGACCAUCUCCUUUUCGUUCCAGUGGUCAAACACCAGCAACAUCCGAGCUGAAUUUCUUAAGAAAGGCCCAGACGUUAGAGACCUACGGAGUGGACCCUCACCCAUGUAAGGAUGUGUCAGGGAAUGCUGCAUUUCUGGCCUUCACUCCUUUCGGGUUUGUUGUUCUUCAAGGAAACAAGAGGGUUCACUUCAUUAAAUGCCAUUCACUGGGCUGGUGGCUUCAAGGAUUUUUCUACAAUAACCCCUAAGCCCCUUUCCUGGAAUGAGGUGACCAAGCUGAAAUUUGAAGGAAAGACUUUCUAUUUAUAUGUAAGUCAGAAAGAGGAAAAAAAGAUUAUCCUCACAUAUUUUGCUCCAACUCCAGAAGCCUGCAAGCAUCUCUGGAAAUGUGGGAUUGAGAAUCAAGCAUUCUACAAGCUGGAGAAGUCAAGCCAAGUCCGCACAGUGUCCAGCAGCAAUUUAUUCUUUAAAGGGAGCCGGUUCCGAUACAGUGGCCGGGUUGCAAAGGAAGUAAUGGAGUCGAGUGCCAAGAUCAAACGGGAACCACCAGAAAUACACAGAGCAGGGAUGGUCCCUAGCCGCAGCUGUCCCUCCAUAACCCAUGGCCCACGGCUGAGCAGCGUCCCCAGGACACGACGAAGAGCUGUGCACAUCUCUAUCAUGGAAGGCCUGGAGUCCCUACGAGACAGUGCCCAUUCCACACCAGUGCGGUCCUCUUCCCAUGGGGACACCUUCUUGCCUCACGUGAGAAGCAGCCGGGCAGACAGCAAUGAACGUGUAGCUGUGAUAGCAGAUGAGGCCUACAGCCCUGCAGACAGUGUGCUGCCCACCCCUGUAGCCGAGCACAGCCUGGAGCUGAUGCUGCUCUCCCGGCAGAUCAAUGGAGCCACGUGUAGCAUUGAGGAGGAGAAGGAGUCAGAGACCAGCACCCCUACUUCCACAGAGGCGGAGGCCCUGGGAGGAGAGCUGAGGGCCCUGUGUCAGGGGCACGGCGGGUCAGAGCAAGAACAGGUGAAUAAGUUUGUUUUAAGUGUCCUCCGUUUGCUCCUUGUGACCGUGGGACUCCUCUUUGUUUUGCUCCUCCUCCUGAUCAUCCUUACUGAGUCUGACCUUGACGUUGCUUUUUUCCGAGAUAUCCGCCAGACCCCUGAGUUUGAACAAUUCCACUAUCAAUACUUUUGUCCCCUCAGGCGAUGGUUUGCCUGCAAAAUCCGCUCAGUGGUGAGCCUGCUCAUUGACACCUGAGAAGGCAUGACUCCUCCCAAUAACUAGCCAGGUGGACCAAGGAACCCGGCUCCCCAUUCCCAGCAAUGGGACCCAUCGCGGAACCAUCGGCACCCACACCAAGUCCUCUCAUGACUCAAAGUCCACUGCAGCCUAGGAGGGUUGUUUCCCAGAAGAAAGGGAUAUAGGCUAAUGCUCUGUAAACUGGGAACAUUCAAUUUCUUCAGAGGCUCUUCCAAAAAAUGGCUCAGCAACGCAAAUGUUUCUCAUCCUUCAAUAUGCAGGAUAAUUUUGGGGUUUGAACGUUAAUUUUUCAUAGAUGUGUAUUAUUUUGAAAGUAUCCAAAUAAAAGUCAUUUAUUUUACUAUACUGAUUUUGCAGUAGUGUCACCCAGUAGAUGGGACACUAGCUGAAGACUCGGACCGUUGUCCUCUGCACCCUGCAGUUUUCUCACUGGUGCCAGUGGGUUCCGGGAGACCCAGCAGGAGAGGCCAGAGCUAAGGACAGGCAGGACUGGCUUCCUUGCCAGACAGAAAGGCUUAACAAAGUAAACUGUGUGGAAUGGUUAAAUAGAAAGUUGCUUCUUGCGAUAGUCUGAGUCGGAUUUUCUUCUCUUGUUUUUUCAAAUCUGAGCAGAGUGGGCGUCUGAAGGGACUUCCUCUACAGCAGCAGCAGCAGCAGGGGUGGGUAAGUCUGUGCCCUUAGACUAGAGCCUAGUGGACAGUUGAGUUUUAUUUAAUGGGUUUAAUGUUUUUUGUUUUUUGUUUGUUUUUUUUUCCUGAAGAAGCUCAAGACUUCUAGUGCUUCUGGGUGUUAAAGUGGUGCCAGGAUGUGCUGUCAGAAACGUCCCAACGGUGUAGUUACCAGGUGCUGAGCACCCAAGAGCCUUUGGAGCUGCGGGAGUGCCCCUCCCUCCCAAAAAAAAUACUAUUUCAAGCUCUAUUUUAACAGCAAAAUGUUAUUUUCCUAUCUAUUCAUAUUUUGUUUUUACUUUAUGAAUUAAAAGAUGCAAGAGAGAAACAGAUCUGAGGAAGGCAUCGGGAAGGAGCAGCAGCAUUGGAAGGGACCAGGAAAACUGAGCAGAAUCUCUAAUCAAUGCCUAAAGGCCACAGAAUUUGACCGUGGCAGAGACCAACACUUACUGUGGUCAACAUCUGCUCCUGCAAACAAGGUCAAGGAGCACUUAUCGAUGCUCACAGCAGCAUAGGAAUGCACGCACGCACAUGCACACACACACGCACACACACACACACACACAGACAAGGACACGCGCACAUACACACGCACACACUAAGAUGAGCAGCAGUCCCCAGGCCUCUACACCUCUUACCACCGAUAACACAAGAGCUUGUUUUCAUCUCAGGGAGACUGCUAAUCAUCUGAGGCCCGAGGACUCACUCAUAUAAAGGACAGUCAAGGGGUAUCUCCAGGGACCAGAGAACAGUGGAGCAGAACAGCCUCAGAUGCAGGACAGACUGGGCUGUAGAGUAUCUGAGCUCUUCUUAUUUUGUUGCCUGGGGUAGAACCAUGUCCACUUUAUUAAUAUGACAGCCAUUAAGAACAACAGUAACCAAAAACCCCAACAAAGCAACCACAAAAACACCAACCACAGGGUUCUGAAGAUGCUGGGAGGGCGUUUACAUAAUUUCAAGGUGGAUGACAUCCUUAUCUAGACCAGAGGUCAACAAACUUCUUUUAAUAAAAUUUUGACUUUGUGGACCAUGCCCUGCCACCCUAGCUCGCUCCUGAAAAUGCACGCAUCAUUCCGAGAACACGGCUUGUUCCACGAACAUGUGAGAAAAGCCUCAGGCUGAGGAUAGCUCAGAGGGAAAGUACUUUUAGCAUGUCUAAGGCCCUGGAUCUGACUGCUAACAAUACACAAAGCCAGGUGUGGUAGCGUAGACCCGUGGUCCCAGAAUUCAGCAGAGAGGCGGCAGGAGGAUUAGAAGUUCAAAGUCAUCCUCAGUCACAUAAUAAGUUAAGGCCACCCUGAGAUACACGAGAGGUUGUCUCAGAUCACCAGCCUCCCACUUCCCAAAAAUACACCUAAAACUGCAGUAUGCGGAGAGACCGGUGCCCACCUGUCCACAAACCGUAACCCACACAGGGCCAGCUUCGAUCGUUGUUUUGUGUAAGAUACCCAGAAGUGUUUCCUAAUGGGGGCUUUGCAGGGUGCUCCAAGAGCCAGCCAGCAGUGAUGUCAUCCAAUACCAAGAUCAAGUACUGCCACUGUGAACAGCAGUGUUGCUAAGGAUGGAUCCAGGCCUAUCGAUCAUUUCCGAUCGUUUCUGUACCAGCAACAAUUUGUAUGAGGUCUAAAACAUUUACCACAUAACAAGACAAACGGAGGGGAAUCCUAGUAAAGACCAGGGAUCACUUAAAGCAAUGAGCCACUGCCACUUGUCAACUGCAUAGCAAAGGUUUACCUAGCACAGGCCUGAUGGCAAAGGCUACUGGGAAACAGGGCUGGUGUGAACGGGGAAUUCUAUUCUUAUGCAACAUAGUAGAUUGCCUUCUAGUGUGGUGCUCCUACCUCAGUUUGUAGAACACAGCAUCUAUGCAGUGAGUGGUAGCCUUGCCUCUGACCUUUCACAGCCUCGAGAGAGAGGCAGCCUGCCACUGCCUGGUGUGUUUCUUGUGUCUAGAGUCCUAACAGUGCUGCGAUCCGUGCGAUUUCCACCAUCUGACCCGGAACCUUCAGGUCGUCCCGGCCCCCAAGGCUCAGCCCAGAAAAUAAGGACAGAAAAGGCUUCCUUCGAUUUGGUUUCCAAAUGGUUUUCAAUAGUUCAGUAACAAACCCCCUUUAGUGGUGACUAGUGUUUUUUAGUAUUUUUCCCAUCAUAAAAAAAGUUUCAGUUUUCAGUCUGGUUUUGCUGUGUUCUAUGUCUCUUCUUUCCUCUCAGAAUUAGUUGAUCUCGCUGUAGAAAAGCAGAUGUGCAUAGCAUCAUUGAUCAGAGGAAAUACCUACAGAAUAGUGGACUGCACCUUUAAGCAGUAGAGGAUAAACUACCUACAAAUGUGAAUUUCUUAGUUUCAUUUAAAAGUAUACGGCUGUUAACCUUUCGUGUGCCAAAUCUUAAGUUACAUUUUUCCUUCAAAGCAAUGUACUUUUUUCUACAUAUGUAGUGUGUAGUUAGCAUAAAUCAUUGGUGCCAUGAAGAUUAUUUUUAAAUUCAAUAAAUAUUUAAAUACCGUAAAA